AUGCUGCGCCUGCAUGGGCCUGCUUGUGCCGGCCUGGGGACGCUGGCGUACAAGGUGCUGACCUUUCGGCGGUGGAGCGAUGAGAACCGCUACGCCCUGCGCUUCCUGGCCUGCUUCCUCCUCAUGAUUGUAGAGCUGCUGUUUGAGAAUUGCAUGGACAACGCGGAGAUUGUGUUCAGGGGGCUGGCGGGCAGGGGCCGCCUGCUGCACUGGGCGCUGUACAGCGACUGGGUGCACACCAAGGAGUUCCUGGCCACCUGCCUCAUGCUGGCCUUCUCGGCGGCGUGGGACCAGACCCCAUACUCUGGCUUUGCCAUGAUGUCGCGCUUUUCCGUGGCGAUCUGCUUCGGCCGCCUCCUGCGCGUCGCGUGCUUCAUGACCACCAUCCUGCCCAGCCCGCGGCCCGGCUGCUACAAGCGCCGAUUCCCGCCGCCGCCUGACAGCGCGUGGGAGAUGCUGAGGAUCGGGUUCACGACGCUGCGCGGCAUGGGCGGCUGCAACGACCUAAUCUUCAGCUACUACCCUGGCCACCCAUGGAUGCUGGCCCUGGUCUGGGUCGCCCUGAUCCAGACGUCCAUCCGGGACUUCUUGGAGCACAUGCAUUACAGCAUCGACAUGCUGCUGGCCGUCAUAGUGACAUCAGCGGUCUGGAGCUGGACACGCUGGGUCUACCCCGAGAGCGAGCUGCUGCCGCGGCGGCCCGAGGGCGCGCCGCCAGACCCUACAAACCCGUAUGUUCUGGGGAUUGUGGCAUUUGGGCUGUUGACGGCGGCGGUGGUGGCUUUCGUGGCAAAGGCUUGA